AUGAGUGAUGUCAAGUUAAAUUCCUCUUCGAACGAGGAUUCCCUUCUCAAAGAAUUACCUUAUUUCUCGAAUGAGUUCGACCCCUUAAAAGAUGAAACAAUUGAGGAGCUAUUAUUGAAUGGCCACAUCAACACAACUUAUCCAGAAGAUGGGUUUAUUGGAUUCCAUUCGUUGAAGAUUUGCAGUACAAAUGCUAAGCAAAUGGCCAAAUACUUGGAAUUAUCCAUGGGGUUUGAAGAAGUUGCUUAUCGAGGAUUAGAAACCAAUUCAAGAAGGCUUGCGUCGCAUGUUGUUCGAAAUGGUAAUAUUUUGUUUGAAAUUAUCAACACACUUGAAUCAGUUGCUGAACAAUACCCAACUGUCCCAAUGUCUAAAGAGGAGGCUUUGAGUAUAAAGUUAGAUUAUUCUGCAGAUGAAGCACAGAUAUUGAAAUCGUUGAAGGAAAAAAUUGCCAAACUUACAGCUGAGAUUGUCGAUGACAAUCUUGAUAGAUAUAAGUACGCUAUGGAUAUUAAAGUUGCAAAAGAGAAUUUGGAGAGGUCAAUUUUGAACUCAACAAGCUUCUUGGAUGCAAUUUACACCAUUAAAAAGUCAAUUAAUGAGUGUGUAGAAACAUCUAAGAAAGCAAUUCAAGAUAAUUUUGAAUCUUUUAUGAUCCAGGAAUUUGUUAAGACUCACGGUGAAGGCGUAAUGGAUAUUUCUUUUAAUGUGCUUGAUGUUGAUUCUGCUUUCCAGAAGGCUAUUGAGUCCGGCGCUUAUAUUAUAAAGCUACCUCAAACAAUAUCAGAUGUUCAUGGUUCUAUUAAAUUGGCUACAAUUGCGGUUCCUUAUACUGAUAUACAUCAUACAUUGAUUCAAAAUAUUAACUAUUCAGGUCCAUUCCUUCCUAACUAUACGAGAUCAAUUAUUGAGAAACCAGAAACUUAUUUGCGUCAAUUAGAAUCUUUACCUCCAAUUAAAUUGGACUGUAUCGAUCAUUGUGUCGAAAACUACAGUUGGAAUCAAAUGAUGGCACAUGCAAGAUUUUACGCUAAUAUAUUUGGCUUUCAUAAAUAUUGGUCUGUCGAUGAAAAGGAUGUUUUUACUGGUGAAACAGCGUUAAAGUCAAUUGUUAUGGCGUCAAGUAACGGAAAAGUGAAAAUGCCAAUCAAUGAACCUGCCAAAGGUCGUAAAAAAAGUCAGAUUGAAGAAUUUUACGACUUUAACGGCGGGCCUGGUGUACAACAUAUUGCCCUCAAGACGAACGAUAUAAUUGCAACCGUGAGCUCUUUGAGAAAAAGAGGCAUUGAAUUCAAUCCUGCUUCCCAAAAGUACUAUGAUACUUUGAAACAAAGGUUGAUUAACGAUGACAUUAUCCUUAAGGAAGAUUUUAAUACCAUUGAAAAUUUAAAUAUUCUUGUUGAUUAUGAUCCAGAGACUCGAAAUAAAUCUUCUAGAACCUGCAACUACAUCUUGCAGAUCUUCACUAAACCGUUGCAUGAUCGCCCGACGUUAUUUAUUGAAAUAAUUCAAAGACAUCAUCACAAUGGGUUUGGAAAAGGAACAUUCAAGGGUCUUUUUGAGACUAUCGAAGCUCAACAAAAGCUUCGUGGAACAUUGGUUUCAUCAGAUAACACUGACUAA